AAACAAGUAAUUAAUUAAAAAAUCAAAACAAAAAUUAAUUAAAUUUGCAAAAAAACAAAGUAAGCAAUUGAUUAAAUGUACUAAUAGGGUCAAGGUGGUUUAAAUUCAAAUUAAAAUGGGUAUAGCAAUUAAUAGCAUAUUGGACAACAAAUUGGAUAAUAAAUUUAUUCAAAUCAAUCUAGCGGUUUGAAUUCAUAUUAAGUUAAAUAAUAAAUUGGCUAGUAGUAUCCAUAUCAUCCUUAAAAUAACAUGAUGUCUGCUUCAAGAUAAAACUAUGCAUAGAAUCAAGUGCAAAUGCAGUAGAGCCUAUCAAGUUAUUAAGUCUAACAAAGCUAUGCUCAGCCUUAAGUGCAAAAAAUCCCUUACUCUAGUAUAAAUAUGGCAAGUAUAAGCCCGCGAAGUCAAACAAACGCUUACAAUCAAUAAUAAUAACUGUAAUAAAAUAUAUCUCUACAAUAGUAGCAGCAAAAUUAACAAGGCUUACUUUAAUAAUAAGUGUAUUAACAGUCUAAUGCUUUAAAAACUCCACUCUAAAACAACACAAAUUACAAUAACUAGGCAAUCAAUUAAAUUAAUUCUAAUUUCCCUCAAAAAAAUCAAGAAUAUAUUGAUUCAUUUAGUGGAUCUAUCUUAGACGAAGGUAUUUCUGUUGGAGGAGUUGGAGGAGGAGCUAAGCUUAUGCCUGAAAGUAGAUAGGUAUAAGGUUCCAAGUCUUAGUAAAAUUAGGAUAUUUUUAUAGGGAAUGUUUAAAGAAAUAUUGCUAUUCCAGUAAUGAAUUAAAUGAAUAAUUAGCAUUUUAAUUAAUCUCCUUUCAAAUCUAGCUAAUAGCCAGUAACUUAGUUCGUUCCUGUAAAUAAUAAUAAUAACUCUUAAUAAGUUAAUUAGUACGCAUAGUAAAAAUUGUAAAUGCAGUAAUAAAGCAGCUAAUCCCAAAACUAAUAAAUGAAUGACCUCACAUAAUAACUAAACUAGAUUAGAAUUAAUAAUUUAAAAUAAAAAGAAGUUUAAUAGACUACAUAAGAACAGGAUUCAAGUAUAUUCAAAAUUGUAAACAAAGAUACUGGUGAAGUUUUUGAUAUAAGACAGUUUGAUAAGGAAAUACAAAGAAGUCCAAAGCAAGCAAACGCUUAGAUAAAUAACUAAAUUAGUGGAACUAAUUAAAAUUAACAUUAAAAUCAAGGAACCCCUUCUCAGUAACCUCAGGGCAAUAGUGCAUGGACAGAUUGGUGGAACAAAAAAAGAAAAAUCAACAGCGACUUACUACUUCAUGCUAAGAUAAAUAACACUAAUCAAUGCUUAGAACUACUUGAUAAAAAAUUAGGAGAUAUGAGAGCAGAUGUAAACAUUAAAGAAACUUCAAACGAUUGGACUCCUCUGCAUUAUGCUUGCCAAAAUGGAAAUACGAAACUUGUAUCUUAGUUGCUAUAUCAUGAAGCUACAAUAGACUCAGAAAGCAACAUCAAGCAAACUCCAUUAAUUGUUGCAUCAAUAGGAGGCUAUGAAGAUGUGCUUCAACUCUUGAUGACUGCUGGCGCUGAUAUAAAUUUUUAGGAUAGCAAUGGAAACACAGCAUUACAUCAUGCUUGCAUGAAUGGUAAUAAAAGGAUAGUAGAAAUGCUUCUUAAAAAACCUAGUUUAGAUUAUAAGAUCCCAAAUAGAUAGAACAAAGAACCUUAUGAUAUUUGCAAAGACGACGAAAUUAAAAAAGUUUUUGAUAAUUUUUUUGUUUUUUAGAAAGCUAUGCAAAAAAAGAAUCCUAAAGUUAGAAUAUUUAACACAAACUAAGAUAACAUUUAAUAGAUGUUCACUGUACACAAUAAUGGGCAGAGUCCUAAUAAUUACUUUUAACCAAAUAUUAAACAGUUUAGUAGUGGUUAGGAUUAAAUAAGUAAUAAUUCUACUUAAAUCACUGCGAUGAAAUAAAACGAAAGCAAAAGCAGCUUUAAUAAUUCAGAUGUUGACACAUCAAAUUUAAGUGAUGAAGAAAAAAUAGGACCUAAUUCUUUUAUUGUACAUGGUUUGAUUGGUAAGGGAAGCUUUGGCGAGGUUUAUUUAGUAGAAAAGAAAGAUUCUCAAUAGCUUUAUGCAAUGAAAGUUCUUCACAAAUCUAAAAUUAUGAGACAUAACUUAACCAGAUAUGCAUUAACUGAAAGAAAUGUUCUCUCUGUUACUAAGCAUCCAUUUAUUGUUAGAUUAAAUUUUGCCUUUUAGACUUAGGAUAAACUCUUCUUGAUUUUAAAAUAUUGCCCUGGAGGAGAUCUUGGAGAGCAUUUAUAAAAGGAAAAGCGUUUUACUGAAGAUAGAGUAAGAAAUUAUUUAGCUGAAAUUACUCUUGCCCUUGAGCAUUUACAUAAAAAAGAUGUUAUUUUUAGAGAUCUGAAGCCAGAUAACAUAGUAUUAGACCAUGAAGGUCAUGCAAUGUUAACUGAUUUCGGUUUAUCAAAAGAAGGUGUACUAGACCAUUCUACAGGGGCCAAAUCAUUUUGUGGCUCUGUGGCAUAUCUUGCCCCAGAAAUGCUUAAAAGAUGUGGCCAUGGUAAAGCUGUGGACUGGUAUUUACUAGGAGUAGUAAUGUACGAACUGCUGGUUGGAAUUCCACCUUAUUAUGCAAACAACAAAGAAGAGUUGUUUAAUAACAUCGAAAAAGGACAUCUCAAACUUCCAUCAUUCUUAAGCAACGAUGCUCGCUCUCUUUUAAAAGCAUUAUUACAAAGAAACCCAGCUAAGAGACUAGGUUCUGGUAAAGGUGAUGCAGAUGAAAUAAAAGCUCAUCAAUUCUUUGCAAAUAUAAAUUGGGAGGAAGCAGAAUAAAGAAAAUUGAAUGUGCCAAUUCCAAAUAGAAAAAUUCGCAUUAGUACUAAGUUUGAUCCUAAUGUAUUCGAACCUUCCAGUUUUGUAGAAAAUGGUAAGGAAUACAUUCCAGGAUGGUCUUUUGUAGACUAGCAUGCAGAAUAAAAUAACUACCACAACAAGCAGUGA